GGAGCUGAUUUUUAGCUCUGCUUAAAAGCUGCCAAAAACGCGCGCCAAGAGACAUAGGAAAGCUGUCGUCGCGCGAGGAAAGUGUCUUCUACCCUGGUACCUGACGACGACCACCUACGCCACGAAUAAAGUUGCCGUCGGAGAGCUAACGCUGCCAAAGCGCGAAGAACAAAAGAACAGAACCGCCCUAUUACGAGCGCUACAUAACAAAAAAUGGCCACACUCAUAGCAGUCUCGAACUACACAGACACCAGCAUCCUCGCGCACACGCCCAAAGGCACCGAGAACGACGCGGGCGUCUCGCUUUACUGGCUCGACCCCACAACAGGAACCCUCAAGCCGGCCGGGGCGCUGGAAGUGGGCCCGAACCCCGCCUUCUUGCUCCAGCACCCGGACGACCCGACGACGCUGUACGCGUCGACCGAACGUAUUGACGACGACGGCGAGGUGCUCUCGCUGCGCUUAAGCAGGGACGGCGAGGACAUCAAGCUGAACGUCGUGGACCGCGCGUCGGCCCGCGGCAAGUCGACCUGCUACCUGGCCCUCGAUGCUUCCAAGAAGUGGUUAAGACUAACGAACUACUGGGAGGCGUCCGUGGCCGUGCUGCCCGUGAGCGGCGCCGCGCUGGGCGAGAAGGCCGCCGACCACCACGCAUUACCGCCGCAAGCGGCGCUGCGGGACGUCGACGGCAAGGAGGUUUCACAAAGAUGCGCCGAGCCGUCCAGCUACUGCGCGACGCACAAGCCGUCGCGCGAGGAGCACUGGAAGUACCGCCAGCGCUGGCCGCACGCGCACUGCGUCGUCACGGAGCCCUACGCCCAGCAGACGCAUUUUGUGGUGGAUCUGGGAGAAGACGCCGUCUACCAUUAUGGGUUUGACGACGCGGUGGGCCGCCUGACGUGCCAGGGCGCCACGCGCCUCGAACGGGGCAAGGGUCCGCGCCACGUCGUCUUCCACCCAACCCGUAAAGCCGCCUUCGUCGUCCAGGAGCUCUCGUCGACGGUGUCGGCGUUCGUUUAUGACGACGCCGCGCCCGCGGGUAUGUUGGAAACGACGGACCCGCGGGCCUGCCUCAAAUUAACGCAGUGCGUCUCGACGCUCCCGGACGGCUACGAUAACGCGCACCACUGCGUCAACGGUAUAUGGAAGGCCAAGAGCCAUUCCUCCGAGAUUCGUUUGGAUGCCACCGGAUCGUGGCUGUUUGUCGGUAAUAGAGGCCACGACAGCCUCGCGGUCUUCGCCGUGACCUUUGAUGGUGAAAGGCCCCAAUUGCGCCGGGCGCACGUGGUCGAGACGGGCGGCGCGUGCCCGCGGAACUUUGCUGUGUUGGACUCGCAUAUCGUCGUGGGCAACCAGGACACGAACGAGCUCGUCGUGUUCCGGCGCGAGGUUGAUGGAAAUCUCACGGAGGUCUCGCGGCGGGCGCACCGCUCGCCGAACUUCCUCGCGCCUUUGAUUGCGCCGCCUCCGCUCGACACUCAGAAGACGAUCGGCAAGUGCCCGUCGCCGCGGGCGCAGCGCAGCCUCGCGGGCGUCUUCGUCGAGCCGCCACCCGCGCCUCUACCAGAGUUGCGGUCCCCGCUGCGGGCCGUCGCGUAGUUUGGACCCCUUCCCUCCCUCCACGCCCCUUCCCAUUGCCUGUCCUCCUCCUAGA